UGGGAUAAUCCUCUCAUCAGUUACCCAUCUGUGUAUAUAUGUAUAUAUGUAUGGUGGACCAUUGAGACAACUUCGGACAUAUCAUCAACAGGCCGCCAUACCAUCACAAGCACCCAAAUGGUAAACAAGACCAGCAUUUUAGCAUUUUAGCAUUGGUACUGGCAUUGGCAUUGGCAUUGUCAUUCGCUUUGGUGUUGGCAUGACCUAGAUGAUUCAAUUGUAUUUCUAGUUUCCUUCCAACUAAAUACUUCUCUUCUACUAUCUUUUGAUUUCCUUCUAAUUCAUUCUUUUCCACACCGAUACCGAUCCUGAUACCGAUUCUAAUAAGUCAAUGCUGAUACCAAUACUGAUACCAAUACUGACAUCGAUAUCGACACCAAUAUUGAAAACGACAACGACAACGACCUAUUAAUGAUAUCACAAACACCACUCAUUACUACCCAUACAUCUUAGGUGGAUUAAUAAAUACUUUCUCUUAUGCAUCGUUAAGGUGUUCAACGUUACUCAACAUGUCUUCAGUUUUGACUGGCAAUGCCACGACGACCUCUACCUCAGCGUCCUCAACCACGACGACUGCCGCACAAGGCUCCGAGGGUAUUAGUCUGGUCGCUCUUCUGACGGCAAUGGCAUCUUCUGCCAUCAUUUUUGGUGUACAGAUGAUAGCUUUUAUGCUGUUGAAGAACAAGCUUGCACGGAUCUUCAAACCAAAGACCUAUUUGGUCCCCGAAAAAGAACGAACAGAACCACCUCCUAGAAGUCCGUGGGGAUGGCUAUUCACCAUCUUUCAAUUUCGAGAUCGAGAAGUUAUCAACAAAUGUGGCUUGGACGCUUACUUUUUCCUUCGAUACCUUCAGACCCUUCUGGUCAUCUUCAUACCUAUGGCUGUCGUUAUCAUACCAAUUCUUGUACCCAUGAACUAUAUUGGAGGCAGAGGUGGAGAUUGGGCUUUACAAUAUGCAAACGACAAAAACAAGACAGAAGUCUCUUCGAAUCCAAAUGUAACCGGACUGGACCAAUUGGCUUGGACUAAUGUACAGCCUAGCAAGACUAGUAGAUACUGGGCACAUCUGGUGCUUGCUCUGCUGGUCAUCAUGUGGGUUUGCGGUGUAUUUUUUGCAGAGUUACGAGUGUAUAUCAAAGUACGACAAGAUUAUUUGACAUCUGCAGAACAUCGACUGAGAGCUUCAGCAACUACUGUCCUUGUCAGUGCCAUUCCGGAUAAAUGGCUGACGAAAGAAGCUCUCGCUGGACUUUACGACGUUUUCCCUGGAGGAAUUAGGAAUAUUUGGAUCAAUCGAAAUUAUGAUGAAUUAUUGAAGAAGAUACAUCUUCGGGACAAAAUCCAUUUGAAACUGGAGGCAGCCGAGACGGAGCUGAUUAGAGCCGCAAAGAAAGCCCAGAGAAAACAAGCAGAGAAGGACGAGAAGGCUAGAGCUAAGGAAUCGAAUCGCAAACUGACCAAGGAAGAGAAAGCCGCGAAAAUCAAACGCGAAAAUGAGAGAGCGGCAGAAUUGGCGCAAAGCGGCGGAGUUGCGACUGGCGAGGAAGCUCCUCAUACUGUAGAUGAUGCAAUAGACGAGGAGGCAGAAUUGGAGAGGCGGGAACAAGCUCGACAACAUAAGCGACGCAGUUCGAAAAAAUUCAAGCUUGGCAAUCCCCUCGCCGCUAUGGGACAAGGUUUCGAUGUAGUUGGACAAGGCUUAAACAAAGGUGUGGACGCGGUUGGAAAGGCAGGAGGUACUGCUUUUGGAGGUGUUUUAGGACUCGGCAGAGACUUGGAUGAUACAAUUGAAGAAACCAAUGGUAAUGGUUUCGUAAGUCUUGACGCACCAUCGAUACCGGAAGAUGACGAAUAUGAUCAAUAUGGAAGAUAUAGAACACGAGCACCACCUCCCAAACCGUAUGGAUCUGGUGCGGAUGAUGAAAAGAACCGGGAGGCUGAGAAGCAAGCAGAGGAACGCCCGUCAACAUCCGACCGUGAUCCUCGAAGUUAUGAUGGGGAUAGAAAGUUGCAAGGCAACACCGUACGAAGAAAUGGCUUUCAGUAUGGAGGAGAUGGAACUAAUGACGCCUUUCAAACUAAUAAUUGGUGGAAAUUCUGGAAAGGUCCCGCUGGCGGGUUUCCAUCUCCAAUCCCAACAGGAUAUGAAGAUGAUGAUGAAUUUCCAUUAACCCAAAGCGAUGGGCCAAAGUCAAGAGUUGCAACCGGUGCCCCGCCAAAGAAGAGUGCGUGGCAGGUAUUUAAGGAUAUCGUGCCUUUCCUAAACUCAGACGAUGGACCAGGUGCAGAAUAUCCGAAGGCUUUCAACGAGGAAUACGAGGAAAAUGCAACGACCGCAGCUUGGCAGCGCUAUCUAAAGGAGAAGGACAGGCCAACACAUAGACUGGCCAGGUUCAGUUGGACUCCUGAUUGGUUCUUUGGAAUUCCUGGAAUCAGUCCAAAAGUCGAUACAAUAUAUUGGUGUCGUGAACAGCUCGCUCAGCUAAACGUUGAGAUCGAAUUGGAUCAAAAGUCUCCCGAGAGAUUUCCUCUCAUGAACUCGGCCUUUAUUCAAUUCAAUCAUCAAGUAGCUGCACAUAUGGCUUGUCAAUCUGUUACCUACCAUGUUCCAAAGCAAAUGGCACCACGCACUGUUGAGAUUUCGCCUAAUGAUGUCCUUUGGGAUAAUAUGUCUAUCAAAUGGUGGGAGGCUUGGCUCAGAACCGCUGUCAUUACUGCCGUCGUUCUUGGUAUGAUUAUUUUAUGGUCGAUUCCUGUCGCAUGGACAUCAUCUCUAUCCCAAAUAUCUUCUUUGGUCAAUACCAAAUCUUGGCUUCAUUGGCUCAAGGUUAUACCCGAAAAGGUUCUUCAAGCCGUAGCAGGUGUUUUGCCCGCCAUUGUGCUCAGUAUUUUGCUAUCGUUGGUACCAACAAUUUUGGGUUAUCUUGCCUUUGUUCAAGGUUCACAAACUGGCAAUGAGAAGCAAGGUUUGGUUCAAACUUAUUAUUUUGCAUUUCUCUUUGUCCAAGUUUUCUUGGUUGUGUCUAUCGCUGGUGGUGCGGUAGCUACAAUUGGAUCAUGGUCCAAUGAUAUUACCUCUAUACCCGAAACACUUGCACAACAAUUACCAAAGGCGGCGAACUAUUUCUUCUCUUACAUGAUUCUGCAAGCAUUUUCUGUGAGCUCGGGUACACUCCUGCAAUUAACGACUCUCAUUUUCUGGUUCGUUUUACCAAAGAUUUUCGACAAUACUGCUCGGCAAAAGUGGACCCGAAAUACAACACUUCCAUCUGUGACCUGGGGAUCAUUCUUCCCUGUUUACACUAAUUUCGCCUGUAUUGGUUUAAUUUAUUGUGUGGUUACGCCGGUUAUCAUAAUUUUCGUCAUCAUUACUUUCACACUUCUUUGGAUUGCGAAUCGUUACAAUAUGCUUUAUGUGUCUCGAUUCAGGAUCGAUACAGGAGGACUUCUAUACCCACGUGCUAUCAACCAGACAUUUACUGGUUUAUAUGUUAUGGAAUUAUGCCUCAUCGGUUUGUUCUUCUUGACUCAAGAUGAGCAAGGUGAUUCACUUACUCCUCAGGCAAUCAUUAUGAUUGUGGCUUUACUACUUACUGCUCUUUACCAAUUCCUCCUCAAUUGGUCUUUUGGCCCUUUACUUCGAUAUCUGCCAAUCACAUUUGAGGAUGAAGCUGUUCUUCGUGAUGAAGCAUUCGAUCGGAUACAAGCUGAACGUCUUGGUCUCACUAUUGCAGAUCCUGAAACAGUACCACAAAAUGAUGGGGCUGGUAUCGAGGGACCAGGAUACAUUGAAAUGGACGCACUGCAUCCUACAACCACAAAUAGAAACAGCGCUAGUAAAUUUGCCAAACUUAAACCAUCAAACCUUGUACAUGGUGCAGCUGUAGCUGGUGGUUGGGCUUUACAAUCCGGUCGAAAUCUUCGACACAAAACAUUUGCUCGUGGAGCUGGCACCGAUGGUCCUCAACCUAUCGAUGAACCAGUUAUUCGCCCACAGCUCACGCGCAAGCGCCAUAAAGAUAUUGAGGCGCAGCAAAAAAUUGCAAAUGCACUUUAUGGUGGGUAUAAUGAUGAAAUUGAAGAUUUGGCGCCUGAAGAAAGAGAUGCUCUUGUUAAACAUGCGUUUCAACAUUAUGCGUUGAGAGCUAGGAGACCGGUGGUUUGGAUUCCGAGAGAUGAUAUUGGAGUGAGUGAUGAUGAGGUUAAGAGGACGAGAGAUUAUGCAGGAGCGAAUAUUUGGAUUAGUAAUGUGGGAGCGGCGUUGGAUGCGAAGGGGAGAGUGGUGUAUGGGAGGAAUCCGCCAGAUUUCUCGGAGGUGGACUUGAUUACGUUGUAAUUGUUUUGUGGUUGUGUAGGGGAGGAGGGGAGAGAUUAAAAUGGUUGGGAUUGAGAGGGGAAUAUUGGGGGGAGAGAUGGCGUUUGAGGUCACGUAUAUGAGGGUAGGGGUAUGGUACAUGGGUGCUUUUUGAAUUUUACAUAUUGAACGAUGGGGAGGAGAAGAUGAUGGAGAUGGAGAUGGAGAUGGA